ACAGAUGUGACGACGAAACAGUCUUGGAGGCUUGACAGUCCUACAUUGUAUUGACAUAAUGUCUACCUAUGAUACAGAAACAGACGAUAAUGGACCUAUAGACAUAACUGAUACAGUUACGUCGCGGUACUUCAUAUUACCUGCCUCAGCUGCAGUGGUCGGAACCCUCAUUGGAAUGGUUCGAGGUUCACGCCUGGCAGCCCUUCGCUUUCUUGCAGAAAAUGCACACCGGCCUCCAACGACAGUACGAGGAUGGUAUUUUUACAACAAGACCAAGAACUACCGAAGAAUGCAAGGAGGACUGAAAGCAGCGGGAGUCGACGGAUCGAAACUGGCAUUGACAGCUCUGGGGUGGGUUGGUAUCGAGGACGGACUACAAAGAAUAGGGUUGAACGAUGUGAGUGAGUUUGGAGCGGGGAUAGGCACUGCAGGGGUCUUUUCAGCCGUGUACCGACUGCCCUGGAGAACGACAGGUCGCACCCUCGUUAUCGGGGCGAUGAUUGGAGGAGGAAUGAGAUUUCUCCGGUGGGCUCAAGAGUAUCUGCGAGAGACGGCAAAAUCACAGGCGGCUGAGGUGGAGCAUGCAGCCUCAUCCGAAGAGCAAUCUGGGGGAAAUAAAUCUGUUUGAGAUGAUCACAAAAUUUGCAUAUAGAAAUGUUAGAAAGGUUCGAGACCAGCGCGACGUUUGGCGACGAUCGAUGGCAUUUGUUUUCAUCAAUGAUUUGUGAAAUGGAACAUGUUAUUAUGCAAGGAUUU